AUGUCUUCUGCAAAACGAGCAAUUUUAGUGUUCGAUGUCGAUGGAACUCUUACGGCUGCGCGACAAAAAGUCACGCAAGAAAUGUUGGAAUUUUUGGUGGAGACCAGGAAACGGGUGAAUUUGGGAGUUGUUGGUGGAUCGGAUUUGGUGAAAAUUACCGAACAAUUGGCUGAUGAUAAAGAUCAUUGUGAGUUUUUUUGGGGAAAAUUUUCCACGUGGCACAUGAUUUUCAAUCAAAAAGCUUAAAAAUUAAGCUAGAAAAUUAAGUAUAGUCUUUUUUCCACGUUAAUUAAUUUUUGAAAAGUUUCACGUGAAAAAUUCCACGUGGACUGAUUUUCAAAUAAAAUUACUCAUUUUCUUGUCUGAAAAUAGGUCGAAUAAAUUUCAAAAAAUCCGAAUUCGGAGCUCAAAAAAAAUUUUUCUAAUAAAAAUUCCCAUGUGUCUGAUUUGCAGUACUCUCAUUAUUCGACUACACAUUCAGCGAGAAUGGUUUGGUCGGUUUCAAAGGCGUCGACGAAUUCCCGACUCAAAGCAUCCAAAAAAAAAUUGGCGAUGAAAAAUUGCAAGAUUUGAUCAAUUUCGCAUUGGGAUACAUGGCAAAUAUUCGAUUGCCAGUGAAAAGAGGACAAUUUGUCGAGUUCAGAAAUGUAAGAAAUUUGAAUCUCACAAUCAAUUUCACAAUUUUUUUUGCAGGGAAUGAUAAAUUUGUCACCAAUUGGUCGAAGUUGUUCGCAAUCGGAAAGAAUGGAAUUUGUCGAAUUCGACAAAAAACAUGGAAUUAGGCAGAAAUUUGUUGAUGAGCUCAAAAAUCGAUUUUCCGAUUUUGGAUUGGAAUUUGCUAUUGGUGGGUUAAUUUUUUUUUGAACCGGGAUUCAAGGAUUUUUUAUGAGGAUUUUUGAAAAAUUGUUGAAAAAAAUCACAAAAUCAUCCGAACUAUUCAUUAUGUUCUACAAGUUCUUCUUCCUCUUCUUCAAAAUCAAUUUCUUCAUCCCGCCAUUCUCUCCACCUCGCUGCUCUUUCGUCAUCAUUUUCAACCGAAAAACAUAGUCUCAUAUCGGUUUUCUCAGAUAUUUUGAGGAAUAAUUUGGGAUUUACUCGUGAUUGAAUACGUUUUUCGGAUGAGAAUCCAUAUUCAUCCCGCUGAUUGUGAUAAAAAUCAUCCAAAUUAACUUCGAGUUUUCGAGUCAUCAAUGAUUUUCGAUACGCCGCGCGGAUAUCAAGAUAUUCCAAACUUGAAUUGAUUUUUCCAUCUAUCCAUAAUCGCACAUAAUUCCUCACAUCAUUUUCGUUCAGUGAAUCUUUACAAUAGAUUUUGAUGUAGCUUGCUCGAAGUUGAAUGAGUUGAUCGAAAGUUAGACUUGUGUAGGGUAGUUUAAGCCAGUCUUCGAUAUUUUUAAUAACUUCGAAGUUGAGAAAUCCCGAUUCGAACAAGUCAAUUUGCCUCAUUGUAUUGGAAAUUUGAAGGGAUUCGAGGUUUUUGCAAUUUUGAAGAUUGAGAUUCAAAACUAGCAAAGAUCUGACACGGCUGUUCUGAAAUUCAUUAACAUUUUUUUUGAAUAAUUUAUCUGGCUCACCUUUGUUUGAAUUUCAAAUGUUUUCAAUCGUUUUCCAAUUCUGCCCAAAUAAUCUUGCAUAAUUUGAAGACAGAUUUUGUUAACAGUUUCAUCUCGAAAUUCUGUCCAUAACACCUUUUUCUCCCCUUCCAAAUCCUUCUUUUCACCGAAAAUCUUGGUGUGAUUCUCAUCGAUUUUUUCAACAACAAUGCAAAAUCCAUUAAUAUUGAUCGAAUAUUUGAAUCGCGGUUCACCGCCAUAAUCAGUGAAACUAAUAAAAUUGAAAUAUUUGUUGGCUUUUCGAAUUUCGAGUUGGCUUUUUGUGCAAGUUGAGCCAAAUUUCAACAAUAUUUGUCUGCUCAUUUUAUUCAUUAUCAUUUCUCGAAUUUCGAGUGGAAUAUCAAACCAUUGAAUCGAUUGUUUUGUUAGCAUUUUGAAAAAUAUAAAUGAGGAAUUCUUGCUGGAUAAUGGACCACGUCAACAAUUUUUUGACCUAAAUACUUUUUUUUUUUUAUUUUUCACGUUUUUUAAAUUAAACAAGAAUCGGCCCGAUUUUUUUGGUUGCUGGAAAAAAUCGGACCGAUUUUUUUGUUAUAGGAAAAAAUCGGCCCGAUUUUUUUUUUUUGGAAAAUAUCGGCCCGAUUUUUUUUACUGGAAAAAAUCGGCCCGAUUUUUUUGUUGCUGGAAUAAAAUCGGCCCGAUUUUUUUGUUAUUGGAAAAAAACGGCCCGAUUUUUUUUGUUACUGGAAAAAAUCGGCCCGAUUUUUUGUUGCUGGAUAAAAAAUCGGCCCGAUUUUUUUUUGUUCCUAGAAAAAAAUCGGCCCAAUUUUUUUGUUAUCGGCCCGAUUUUUUUUUGUUGCUGGAAAAAAUCGGCCCGAUUUUUUUUUGUUGUUGGAAAAAAAUCGGCCCGAUUUUUUUGUUUCUGGAAAAAAAUUGGCCCGAUUAUUUUUGUUGUUGCUGGAAAAAAUCGGCCCGAUUAUUUUUGUUAUUGGAAAAAAAAUCGGCCCGAUUUUUUUUGUUGCUGGAAAAUAAAUCGACCCGAUUUUUUUGUUAUUGGAAAAAAUCGGCCCGAUUUUUAUGUUGCUGGAAAAAAAAUCGGCCCGAUUUUUUUUGUUGCUGGAAAAAAAUCGGCCCGAUUUUUUUGUUAUUGGAAAAAAUCGGCCCGAUUUUUAUAUUGCUGGAAAAAAAAUCGGCCCGAUUUUUUUUGUUGCUGGAAAAUAAAUCGACCCGAUUUUUUUUGUUUUUGGAAAAAAUCGGCCCGAUUUUUUUUUACUGGAAAAAAUCGGCCCGAUUUUUUUUGUUUCUGGAAAAAAUCGGCCCGAUUUUUUUUUGUUAUUGGAAAAAAAUCGGCCCAAAAUUUAUGACGUGGCCUAACUUCUACAGAAGUUUUGCCACGUCAUAACUUUCUCUGAAAUUAAAAUUCCAGGCGGUCAAAUAAGUAUCGAUGUUUUCCCAACUGGUUGGAACAAAACCUUCUGUCUACAAUAUUUCGACGCACACUACGAUGAAAUUCACUUUUUCGGCGAUAAAACUUCGCCGGGUGGAAAUGAUCACGAAAUCUUCGAAGAUUCUCGAACAAUCGGGCAUACUGUAAUUGGACCAGAAGAUACUAUUCAACAAGUUAUGGAGGUUUUAACUAAUUUGGGAUUGUGA